AUGUUUAACCCAAGGCCUUCCAGUGGCAUAAGCCACAGUUUUUCUAAAUCAUCUAGUAAACUCGAUUCACUGAAUCGAUCGGAUGCUCAAACCCUAGGUUCUGUAGAGCAAUCAUCCACUCAGAAUUUACAGGAUGACGCGUUCGCCUCUUCUAAAUUUAGAUCUGAAUUCAGCAGUCUAUCGAAGAGGAGCGAUGAUUUAUUUAGAGAAAAUAAAACAAAGCAGACCAAGAAUCUGUUAGAUUUCGACUCAAGUUAUUCUUCCAACACAAACGCCGAUCAGGCGUUUGGAUCAAGUAAGCCGCUGGAAAUAAUGAAUGACGGAAUAUACGAAAAGAGUCACCUGUUGAAACUGAUGUUUACCUUCGAACGUAUGUCAAAGGUAAACAAUAGGAAAGUAGUGUCGGAACCCCUCCAUUUCCACUCAGUGGAUGUGACAUCGACUUACAAUAAGGACCAGGAGAGUUUUUAUGAUAAAAACGAGAAGAUGAAGAAGCUGUUGUACAAGCAGAAUCCGAAAAGAACAUUUUUCGACAAUCAGACGAGGUUGUUGAAGGGAGUUAGAGGAUUGCCGCUAAAGGGAAUGUACAAGGACGAAGACGGAGACCAUGAGAGUCCCGACACAGAUAAGGCGUUUCAGGCGUUUGACAUGAGAAAGUUGGGCGAUACUUUAAAGUUUGAUGACCCAACUAAUAGCGCAUUUAAGGACGCUAAUAAGGAGUACAGAGCGGGACUGACGAUGGACCUCGUGAGGCAGCUUUCGAGAGAGGGCAACGUGGACCUGUCGAGACAGUUCCAGAAGAGAGUAGACGCAAACAGUGAAGUGCCGUUUGCCAGAGAGCCCGGAACAAACGAUUUGAGCAAGUACGCCAGAGAGGCAAAGGUGUCCGAGAUGAACAGACUGUUCAACGCGGAAUUGGGCACCACGGAAAUGAACAGAGCAUUUAAAGCGAGAGAAGAUCUGGGCGGAGAUUUGAAUAAGCACCUGCCGGGGGAGUUGGCAUCUAGUGACCUGACGAGGCAUCUGAGCCACGAAAUGAGCAGAGACCCGCUGUUGGAGUCGCUGAAGAGCGUGCAACACAGCUGGGAACUCGAGGAGCAGCACAAGGGGAACUACAUGAAGACGAACAACAUGCUAGCGAACAGCGGAAGCUUCACGAACACCUACAAGGAGUUACAGAACAAGGACCUCUUUAAGGAGGUAUUCAACCAGUCGUCGACGUACUACAAGGACAAGGAGCAGGGAGAAAAGGAGGAGGGAGAUCAAUCGUUCCUGGAGAGGCUGCUGGACAAACCGUUUGAGGCAGCGGAAAACGUGGACACCGACGUCCUCAACUUCUCCCACAACUUAGUGGACACGCCGAGGAAGAUGUGGAGCGAAGUCAACCUGCAGUGGCAGUACAUGGACCCGCAGGGCAUGGUGCACGGACCGUUCUCGUCGGACCAGAUGUACCACUGGUACCUGAAGAACUUCUUCCCGCAGAACCUGAGGAUGAGGUACAACUCUAAGAUGGCAUGGACGCCCUUCAAGGACCUGUUCGCUGCGAACACAGUGCCCUUCAAGUCGCUCCCGAGACAUCUGCUCGGUUCCGCAAACAACACGAGUCUGUUGGGGGCGAGUUCAAGCAACACGAAUCUCCUGGCACCAAGUAACCUCCUGGGAUCCAGCAGUCUUCUGAACCCGACGGCAAACUCGUUGCUGGGGUCGGCCUCGAGCCCCGGGCUGCUUGGACCCUCCGCUCCCCCGGCCUCGAGCUCACUGCUGGCCCCCGGGAACGGAAGCCCUGUGAUCCUCCCCCCUACAAACAGCUCGAGCUCCUCAGCGCUGAUGAACAACAGGAUCGACAACCUGUGGAACAAUAACCAGGCGACAGUGCAUCCCAUAAGUUCUAUGAGCAACAUACACAUGGGCGUGUCGAACCUGCAGAUGAACACGCUGCCCCACGGCUCGAAGAACGCGAUGGGCAAGCACAUGCCCGCGCCGACGCAGAUGCCAGCGGCGCCAGCGCUGGGCAAACAGCUUCCAGCGGGAAGCCAACAGCACCCGGCUGAGGCGCUGCCGAAGCAGUACUCCGCCAGCGCCAACAACCUGAAGAAACAGCAGGGCUUCGCUGCGCCCUCGCCCUCGGUCCCGGCCUCAGUGACCACGUCCGCUACCAGCACCGCUGCCAGGACGAACGAGAGGAAGUGGAACGCGCCGCAGGUUGAAGUCAGCUCCCUGACGGAGAUCAUGGAGCUCGAGAAGAAGAGUGCGCAGGAGCGGAGCCAGAAGUCGCCCCCUAAGCCUGUUCAGACUGGGUGGAACCUGUCGAACGUGGCCACGAACAACAUCUCCGAGUCCGACGACUUCCCUUCUCUGUCCACCGUCGCCACCACCACUUCAAACACCAACGCCGCCAGCGCCAGUUCGGGGAAGAAAUUUGGGAAACACAUCACGAUGCCACUUGAGACCUUUAUUGAGAAACAUCCAUACACAGCACCACCUAAACUCACUGAAUCGUUCUCCUCGAAGCUACUUGGCAACAAACAUUGA